AUGAAUCCCGAUCGGGCACGAGGGGCGUGCAACAUUCCAGAGGAGAAGUGGGAUGAAGCAGAGGAGAGCAAGUACGUGUACAACGCGCACGCCGCGGGGCAGGCGAACGCCGCCACGGCACAGAACAUGACAGCGACCCAGCAGGCUCAGAUGCAACAGAUGCAGCAGAUGUACCAGCAAUACAGACACUUCCCGAGGGUACAGUACGGCAACAUGACGUACAUUCAGACGCCGCAGGGUCUCAUCCCUCUGCCCACCGAGGGCUCCCAGCAAGGAAUGCCCCAGAUGCCCAAUCCGGGCAUGGGAGGUGGACAGCACUGA